UUGUUGUUGGAAAACGUUUCAAUCUUCGACCUUGUUGUUUUUGUUUUGCUCUCUCUCAGUUCGAGAUGCUGACGGGAACGCUGCCGUUUCAAGGCAAAGACCGGAAAGAGACGAUGACCAUGAUCCUCAAGGCCAAGUUGGGAAUGCCGCAGUUUUUGAGUUUAGAAGCUCAGAGUCUCCUCAGGAACCUUUUCAAACGCAACCCUGCCAACAGAUUAGGAGCUGGACCAGACGGUGUGGAGGAGAUCAAGAGGCAUCAGUUCUUCAGCACCAUCGACUGGAACAAACUCUUCCGCAGAGAGCUCCUCCCUCCCUUCAAACCGGCUGCAGGCCGACCCGACGACACUUUCUAUUUCGAUCCAGAGUUCACAGCUAAAACACCCAGAGACUCUCCGGGGGUUCCUCCCAGCGCCAACGCCCAUCAGCUGUUCAGGGGGUUCAGUUUCGUGGCCAUAACGGAGGAGGACACACAGCCAAUACCCAACACUAUCGUACAGCAGUUGCACAGAAGCACAUCCCAGUUCUCAGACGCCUACGAGAUCAAGGAGGACAUCGGCGUCGGCUCGUACUCCAUCUGUAAGCGCUGCAUAAACAAAGGAACCGGCAUGGAGUACGCCGUCAAGAUCAUCAACAAGUCCAAGAGAGACCCGACGGAGGAGGUGGAGAUCCUGCUGAGAUACGGACAACAUCCCAACAUCAUCACCCUCAAGGAC